AUGAGUUCGCCGACGGCAGCGUCGGCCGAUACCGAGACGUCGGCGUCUUCAUCGUCCCUUUCCUGUCGUUCUUGUGUACGACUCUUGCAAGAGAUUCUCGAUCGUCCCGAUUCUCGUCCCCGGGCCUACUUGCAUGCCAUGAUGCAGUCACCGCACUCCCCAGUGGAACACUCGAACGGUGUUACCAGAAUGCGGGACGACGAAUCGUCCCGCACUCCAUCGAAGCCCACAGCGUGCGCGGCAACGUCUCCGGCAAAGCCCUUUCGUUACAAGUCCACAGUAGACGGCAUUCAGGUCGAAAUACCGGCCCCUUUGCCCUUUUUUACCGUCCCCCAACGCCGUUGGACGCGACUGCUGGAACCGAUCGAAACACAAUUCACCACGUCGGUAACCGACUCUGCCACUCCACUUAGCGUCGGACUCGCUCGCAAGGAAACCACCCUUCAGGCGACGAGCGUGUUGACGACAACAGUAGCCGUAGGAGCAGCAACGACACCAACCACAACGACAAAUGGGAAUUCGCACGCGAUUGUCCGGUCCCAGCGCGCAUCCUCCCCAAACCCAACCAGAAGAUCCCAUUCGACGACCGUACCCCCGCCAUCGGCUCCCAAUCCGACUGAAUGGUUGCAAAUAUCGUGUAAAGCUUGUUCGAACCAAGGACCCGAGGGUAGUGCCCGUGCCUUUGUCAUGGGGCCCACGCCCUUGUCGGUCGUGGUCUGUCACAACCGCCUCACCAGUCCACCCCACGACCCGGAUUCCCCCACCACCACCCCAUCACGGUACAUGCGCAGCACACCGCACGAGCGAGCUCUGGACGAAAUGUCCGAAAUAUUGACGCACGAAUUGACACACGUUUACGAUGUCCGCAUGCUGCAGCUGGAUUUGCGCGAUUGCGAAAAUUUGGCCUAUUCCGAAGUCAGGGCCGCUCGACAGGCCGAAUGCGCCAAUUCGUGGAUGCCACAAUCCUGUAUACGCCAAAAGGCGCUGACAGCAACCCAUAAUCUCUUUCCCGAUCAUGCCCGGCAAUGCGUACAGCGUGUCUUGGAACAGGCCAUGAAGGAUACCCGACCGUUCCCGCCAGCUCAUGCGUCCAAAACCGCCAGUGGUGGAGGUGGUGCGAGUUACGCGGUUCCUGAACCUUCGACACGAUAA